UAUAUCCCGUAUAACAUCAACUAUUUCUGUUACAAUGGCGACUCGUUUGGGCAUGAAACAGUCCAAGAAGGAACGACCGAAGUCUUCAGACAAGAAGACAAAAUCAUCGCCUGGUGAAGAACACACGUCGCCCGAAGCUGGAAACACGGAGACAGGAAGCGUCAAGUGUAUCGGGUCGAGCGAGGAGGUGUUGAGUGGAGAGGACAUUGCCAGUCUGGCUGUAAAUUUGGAAACAUUCAGACGGCAACACGCUCCUAGGCCUCCUGCUGAGGCAAAACCGGAUGGAAAGAAGGCGACUGUUCUGGUUCGGAGGAGAAAGACAGUGGCAACUGAUGAUGAGAGGAAGUCGAAGAGGGUCACCGUUCUACGUUCUGUUCCACCCAGCUCUCUACCUUCUCAAUCAAAUCGUAAAACCACAAAACAUCAAACACACACACACACACACACACACUCAAAUCACAAUAAUUCAUAUCAUGCAGGUAUGGCAACUACAGUGCCUCGUUUUGAUGAGAAGGGAACAUUUGUUCGACACAGCAUGUUGGGAACUCUGGAGGAUUAUCAAGAGGAAGCAUUUCAUCGAAGCACAGAACGAAAGCUUGUGUGUGGCACACAGAUUCCUCGUAUGGACUCGACGGCUGAUCGACAAUCACAACGUUCAUCAUCCAGGACAAACCUGAUGACAGCUCGAGAUCAACACGCCUUACAGAACUGGAACAAACAAAUGUUAGAAAGGAAGCGACAGCAAGGACACAUAUCCAAACUAUUACAGACAACCGAGGAGAAGCUGCUGAUGAAUAAGGCAGAAGAAUAUAGAGAAGUGAUGGAGUGCAGACAAGUUGUUGACCGAGCGAUUGCAGCAGUGGAUUAUGGAAAAGGAUAUCGAGUGGGCAGCGAAUUCUGGCGACAACAUGAACAAAUAGGCACUGAUGAAGGAGGCAUCAAUCUUACUUUAACACAAACAGAAAAAGGUCACCCACCAGCCAUAGAACAUGUUGGCAAGUCAAUCAGAACACAAAUAGAAACAGGCAUGUUCUGGCCUGCUCAUGUUGCCCCAGUCAACUACCCGUGGAAGGUCUCACCUUACCUUGCCCAGAGAACCAAGCAGUUGCAGCCGAUCAUGAAUGAAAUUGAUCCCUACUAUCCAGAUUUUAGUCAGUUGGAGGUGCUGGGGAAGGCUCCGUCUCGGUUGAAAGGUACUACAGUGUUGGCUGCUCUGACUGAAACGUCUGAGGAGCCUGAAAUUGAGGAAGAGCUAAUGUCACCAACAAUUGCCGUCAAACCUUCCACACAACCACAAAACGGACCAUCUCUUAUCUUUGGUGGAAACCACGCCUUCUGGGACGGCAUCGAGAAUCCGGAAGAGUCACCCGAAUUUGAGCCAAUACAUGCACGUGUCACAUUCGAAAAUCUCUGCAAUCAAAUAAGCCUCUCGUCCUUGCACAUCGUCAACGAUGGAACGACAGCGAUUUACUACUCGUGGAAACUGGUCCCGAAGACCAGUAGCCUCGAUACGUGUCUGGACCAGGGCAUACAGCGUUUCUAUUUCAACACGUGCAGUGGGGUUGUGCUGCCGGGUCGCUCGUUGGACUUUCCGUUUAUGUUUAAGUCGCCGUAUGCGGGGAUUUUCAGUGAGACGUGGCAGUUGGAGACGAGGCCUGUGUUGUGUCGGGGAGCUCCGCUGUUGGUGACGCUGAGAGGGGUGACGCGACGAGAGGACAAGUUGAAGGGAAUACGGUCGGAUAUCGAGGCUGAAUUGGAACACCGACAAGCUGUGAAUGCUGUGAUGCGAUUAGUGAACGAGCUUGUGGAUGCAGUUAGAACUCCACAGCGCGUUGCUUCUCCUCUGCAAGUGCUGGUUACUGAAGAAGAACGCUUUGAAGAAGCCAAUAGUUCACUAUUCUUCAGUCAAGGAGCGUUUGAGGAACUGAAAACACUAUGGAAGAAUGCCAACAUUCCUGAUCAUCUUGUAGAGCCACACGAAGUCGAACCAGCACCAGCACGUAGAGACAUUGGUUCAGCUAAAGACAAAGUGAAGAAACAUGGCGGUGGGAAAGAAGGAAGCAAACCAUCAACACAAGGAGGAGCAAAGGCAGGAACAGAUGUAGAAUAUCGAUUGCCACCUGAGCUGCAGAAAGAGUUGGAUGAGCUCAUCAUCGAAGAAUGGGACUUAUCUAUAAGGUCUUUGAAAAAGAGAAUCCUGCUGGUUGAGACUGAUGCACGACGAGAAGACUACCUUGCUCAUGUAAAUCGAAUUGUUGUCAGCAUGUCUUUUCCGCCUCUGAAUGCAAAGCAAGAGCAGCUUUACAACAUCGGAUACGAAUUACUUGCCGACUGGGUUGAUCUAAGUGUCAGCUCUUCGGCUCGCAUACGCAACACACUCGGUCUUCCCGAAAAAAGCUUCAUCAAAUCAGAAGCCACAGAAGUUGAACAACCUCCUCCUGAAACCAACAAGAAGCAGAAAGAGAGCAGAGGCAAAGUUGGUGGAGAUAAAGGAGGAGGAAAGAGGGACAAGGCUGCUGAGUCGAAAGGAUCAAAACGAGGAGAGAAGGAGAAGGUUGGUGAGGAUCGGCCGACGUCAAAGUCGAAGCCCGUUGCUAGUGGAAGGAGGUCACGUGGUGGAGGAAGCCCACCAAAGAAAGGAGCUGUCACUGUGGUGGAGGAUCACGUGUCAAGUGAAGUCCGUAUUGCUCAAUCCGACGUGGACGUGUCGAAAGCCGAAGAUCCCGUACUACAAGCUAAGUACGACGAGCAAUUCUACAUGCAAGUCUACACCUCCCUACAAAUCAUACUAGACAGAAUGACAAUGCUGUUCGAAGAGGUCAGCACUAGGGGACAAAGUACAGGUAAAUAACCUCACCUAUUGAGUAGUUAGAGAUCUCAGUAUCCCUAACUAAUCAAUAGUCGUAGUAUUCACGAUCAGUUAUAGACGAUAAACACGAAACGAACCUAUUCGAUUGAGUUCUGGUGUCAACACGUUUGGUCACGUGCAGACAUAGUGACGUCUGUCCACGUGACCACCUCGAUUUUUAAUUAAUUAAUUUUUUCAUAGCGUGGUAAGUCGCCACGAAAAUUAAAAACGUAAUUAAUUAAUUAAC